ACCCCCCAGCCCCCCAGGCCAUGUGGCUCUACGUGACCCUGGUGGCCCUGGUGGCCUGGGCGCUGGGCUGGCUGGUGCGGGACCGCCGGACGCUGCCCACGGUGAGCGACAAGCACGUGUUCAUCACGGGCUGCGACAGCGGCUUCGGCAACCUGCUGGCCCGGCGGCUCGCCCGGCGUGGCUACCGCGUGCUGGCCGCGUGCCUGACCCCGCAGGGAGCCGAGAGCCUGCGCGGGGACACCGCCGGGGGACACCUGAGGACAACCCUGCUCGAUGUCACCCGCAGCGACAGCAUCCGCAGGGCGGCCGAGUGGGUGGGGAAGGAGGUGGGGGAGAAAGGGCUGUUUGGGCUGGUGAACAACGCGGGCAUAGCCAGCCCCAUCGGCCCCACGGAGUGGAUGGACAUCGAGGAUUUCCGCCGGGUGCUGGCCGUCAACACCUUCGGGGUCAUCGAGGUGACGCUGGCGCUGCUGCCGCUGCUGAAGCGGGCGCGGGGCCGCGUGAUCAACACCUCCAGCGUGCUGGGCCGCGUCUCGGCCAACGGCGGCGGCUACUGCAUCUCCAAAUUCUGCAUCGAGGCCUUCUCGGACAGCCUCAGGCGGGACAUGCGGCACUUUGGGGUCAAGGUCAGCGUGGUGGAGCCCGGGUUCUUCAAGACCAACGCCACGGACCUGGAGGCGCUGGAGGCGUCGCUGCGGCAGCGCUGGGAGCGCCUGGAGCCCGAGACCCGCAGCAGCUACGGGGAGAACUUCUUCCCCCAGUACCUGCGGGUGCAGCGGCUGCUGCUGUCGCUGCUGUGUGACAGGGACCUGAGCAAGGUGACCAAGUGCAUGGAGCACGCGCUGCGGGCGCAGCACCCGCGCAGCCGCUACAGCGCGGGCUGGGACGCCAAACUGCUCUGGCUGCCGGCAUCGUACCUGCCCUCGGCCCUGGUGGACCUGGGGCUGGCCCUCAUCCUGCCCCGGCCGGCCCAGAGCGCGCCCUGAGAGACCCCAGACCCAAAUUAAACCUGGGGUGGGCAGUGGGGAAUGAACCCUGCUGGGGUCUGUUACUGUUUGUUCUGCUCGGAAAUGGGAUUGGGGACACUGAGGUGGCACUUGGGGCCUCAUGGACAUGGCCCCGUGGCUCUGUUCCCUCAUCCUGUCCAGCA